AUGGUUACUAUUACGGAAAUUAGAACUGCCAAUACUUCGCUAAAGUCAUCGCGCUCGGGACUGACGGCUGUAAUUACAGGAGGCACUUCAGGCAUUGGCUAUGGUUUUGUCAAGGCUCUCGUUUCUCAAACAGACAGCCCCAAAGUUUACCUUGUCGGCAGGCAAGAAAAGCUAGCCCAAGUCAUUGGCGAACUCGAAACAAUCAAUAGCACUGGCCAAUAUAUUGGCAUCCAAGUCAAGGAUUUGACCCUUCUCGCCGACACUGAAAAAGCCGUGAACCAAAUCCUGGGGCAAGAGUCCAAAGUCGACCUUCUUUUCAUGUCACAAGGAUACCUCUCUUUUGCAUCGAGAGACGAGUCGGGAGAGGGCAUUGACAAGAUCACCUCGAUUCGCCAUUACAGCCGAACGCUCCUCAUCCUCCGACUUCUUCCGCUCCUAAACGCUGCUGCCUCGCCACGCGUCAUUUCCGUCCUCGCAGGCAGUAAAGAGGGUGUCAUAUUUCCCAAUGACCUCGAGUUCAAGGACCCCAAGAAUUACAGCCUGGCAAAGGUCGGAGAUGCCACUGCAAGCUACGUCUCCCUGACUCUGGAGCAGAUCCAGGCACAGAAUCCCAAGAUUAGCUUUGUUCAUGCAUUCCCUGGGCUCACCAAGUCCUCUCUUUUCCGACCCGAGAGUUUCGGUCGCGCACUCAGCUUUUUCAUCAACUGGGUCGUUAUGCCAAUCACCAGCCGUUUCCUGUGGCAGUCAGUUGAAGAAGCCGGGGAGAGGUUCUUGUAUGUAGCCUCAGCCCCCAAAUUCGCUGCACCAGGGGCGGGUAAUGAUGGCGAUUUGGCCGUGGGCUCAAAGGGAGUCAAGGGAAGCGGUGUUUACACAAUUAACGAGAAGCAGGAAGGAGUUCAUAACAAGAUCCUCGACUCACUGAGAUCUGACGGCUCUGAUGUCAAGAUUUUCGAGCAUACCUUGGAUACCAUUAAGCGAGUGGUAGGAGAUAGGAUAUAG